GAGGAAACACAAAUGGGAACCUUUCUAAAAAAUGUAGUACAGGUCUGACUUGCUGAGCAUGGUUCCAGUCAAGCAUUCACCUUGUUGACACAGGAUGAGAGACACCAGUUAACUGAGCUUUGAUGAACAUCACAUAGUUCUUCAGUCUGCCAUGCUAUGAAGUGAAGACACACUGAGAGUGUGAGACACCACCAACAUCCAAGAGGACUUGUAUAAGUUUUUCCCUACGAUGUGAUGGAUCCUUCUGAGAGGCAAAAUGGAACAAUUCAGAGACAAGAUGCAUUUGUCAGUGACCUCCCCCUGCCUCUGAGAGAGGAUCUACAAGGAUUAUACAUUUACGAGCGGCUUGACAAUUUACCUGAAAAUGAUGAAAUGCAUUUGUAUGAGCUCACCUGGUCUGGGUUCUCAUCCCCAACUGAACCUCAACCACAGCCCCAGGGCCAUCUCUGGGCUCAAGGAGGAGGAGGCAAAGGAGGAAGAGGAGAUGGUGCUGGGGAUACAGACCGUCACAACACAAACAUGCCUGUCCCAGUCCGUGCCCCCCCUCCACCCCCUCCACCCAGACCCAGGCUUCCCAGUGCGGCCCCUCCUGUCCCCCCCAGAACACACGUACCCCUUGACAAAACCAAAAAGCGGUUUUCCUGUGCGCUCCCUGAGCCCACUCACAGACUGAAUCGUUCCAGGACAGAAAUAGAGAAUCAUGAUCCUUGGACAAUCAAACUAAUAGAUACUCCACAAGGCAGCACCAAGAGGCUGGCUUCUUUUUGUGACGCAACUUCCAACAGACUGAUGUCACGGUACAAACACACAGACAGUGUUCAUAACUCAGGUAUGGUAUGGAGUCGAGUGUUACACAUCCACCCUGCGUUGCUGCAGCAGCUGGAGGUGACUGUCAGUGUGGCCACUGAGUGGGACAAUCACCAGCUCCCCUUCCCCACCACCGUGAACAGGACAGUGAAGAGUCUGAUUGAUGAAAUCUUCCAGCUGCUGGACCGCACUCCCAGCACAAGCGAGCAUUACGUUCUUAAAUUUUGUGACUCUGAGGAGUACCUCCGAAAUGAAGAACUGCUGGGCAUGCAUGAGACCAUUCAGAUCUACUACAAGUAUAACCUAGUAGUCCCCCUGCGACUGCUCCACAUGAACAGCCUCAAACACCUUUUGGUCAGGGAUGCAGCAGAUGACAGGACCCCAUGCCAAGUAUACCAGUUCAUGCGUCCCGCCUGUGUCUUCAACACCUGCAAGUUGAGCCUGCAGGAUAUGGUCAGUAGCUACAACAGAGAGGUGUCGGAGCUAAUGAAAAGUAACUCUGGGAUGGACGUUAAUGUGCUUGUGGGCCAUGUUCGCACCAUCAGCAAUCUUCUGUGUGGGCUCUCGUGUCCAGAGUUAGAGGAUGCCAUUGGCUGGCUCAACAGGCUCAAUCCCAACCCUUUGAGUCUUGAUGAGAUGUCUGAUCGUGAAAGUGCGAUGGUCAUGCUCCACAGGGCGCUGCUAAAAGUGCUGCAAAUCUUUUUUGACAACUUCCAGUCAGACUUCAGGGGUCAGGAGGUACCCCGCAACCUGCAAACCCAUGAUGUUGAGGACAACACUGAAAUCUGCCAAUUCAACAUCUCUGCUCUCUACCAACUGGAGCUUAUCUGGCUGAACACUUAUGAGUACUUCUCUGUUUCCUGUGAGUUGACGUACAGAGGGGCGAAGAUCUGUGACACCGGCGUUUCUGAAAAUAUCAGCACGGCCUUGUCGUUGGGAAACAAGAUCCAGUGUAACCGCAUGAUGGUGUUCCCUAUUCCAGUAAAAGAGCUGCCAUAUGAGACCAUGUUGACAUUUCAGCUCAGAGGUUCAAAAAAAGGAAAGAGCCCAGAGCUUUUAGGCUGGGCUGUAUUACCCCUUUACAGCAACAGGACUCUGGUAUCAGGGACACUUCUGCUCAGUAUGUCUGCGAUGGCUGCAAUGCCUGCUCCUCCCACGCCUGCCCUGUAUGACAGCCACACACAAGCCAUCGGGGUCAUACUGCAGCUGGAGUUUCAAGAUCAGUUUAACUGGAUGUAUCAGAGACCCAUUGCUCUCCCUGGUUCAGUCGUGUUCUCUCAGCCUUGUGAGGAAUUGCAAAAGAAAAUGCUGGAUGUCUCUAAGAAGCACUGCCUCUGCUUUCUAACAGAAAAUGAGAGGAUUUUCCUCUGGGAAAAGCGUCACUGUGCUGACAAAGGAAGUACCUUCCUCCACCUUCUGCUGGGUGGAGCCCGCCGGUGGAACCCUGAAUACUUGACAGAAAUCUAUACUAUUGUAGACAACUGGCCCAUCCAUCUCCCUGAGGAGGCUCUCUUCCUGCUCAGUGACAGUUUUCCUGAUCAGACUGUGCGGAGAGCUGCAGUUCAGUACUUUGAACAGAUACCAGAUGGAGAACUAGAGGUGUUUCUGCCACAGCUGGUCCAGGCUCUGAAGAGUGAGUGGGAGUUGGAUGGACCACUAGUGAUGCUGCUGUUGGAGAGAUCAAUGAGGAGUAUUCGAAUCACCCAGCAACUCUACUGGCUGCUGGAGGAUGCCCACAGUGAUCCGUACUAUAGGAGUUGGUACAGUAAGAUUCAGGCUGCCCUGCGGAACUGUUGUGGCCGGACACUGAGGCAGGAGUUGGAGCGUGAAACCCACCUGGUGUCCUUGCUUGUACAGGUUGCUGAAAAGGUUCGCACUGCCGACAAGACUCGACGUAAGAGUGUUUUGAGCAAAGAAAAGUGCACAAUUGAUGACUUCUUCGUAGAUGGGAUCAGCUGUUGUCUACCACUGAAUCCUGCAGCCCGUGUAAAGGGAGUAGAAGUGGAUGCCUGUAAGUUCUACAACUCCAAUGCUGCUCCUCUGGGGAUCCCAUUCAUCUGUACUGACCCACUGGCCAAGAACAUCAGUGUCAUCUGCAAGACAGGAGAUAACCUGCGUCAGGACAUGCUGAUACUUCAGAUAGUCCGGGUGAUGGACACAGUGUGGCUCCAGGAGGGGCUGGACCUGCGAAUGAUCACCUACAGGUGUCUUUCUACGGGUAGAGCUCAGGGUCUGGUGGAAGUGGUUCCAGAUGCAGUUACACUGGGGAAGAUUCAACAGGAGUGGGGUCUGAGUGGGACCCUUCGCGAGGACACACUGGAGAAAUGGUUCCACAUGUGGAACAAAACAAAAGAAGACUAUGAAAAGGCUGUGACAACCUUCAUCCACUCGUGUGCGGGGUGGUGCGUGGCCACCUUCAUCCUGGGGAUCUGUGACCGUCACAACGACAACAUCAUGUUGAAACACAGUGGACACAUGUUCCACAUUGACUUUGGAAAGAUUAUGGGCAAUGCACAGAAGUUUGGUAGCUUUAAAAGGGACCGGUCACCAUUCAUCUUUUCAUCUGAGAUGCAGCACUUCAUCACAGGCGGAGGGCAGAAGCCUCAGCGCUUGCAUCGCUUUGUGGAGCUCUGCUGUGAAGCUUACAACAUAAUCAGAAAGCGCUCUGCUCUGAUACUCAGCUUGUUGGAGCUGAUGCUAAAUGCAGGUAUGCCAGAACUGAAGGACUCUAAUGACUUGCAAUAUGUCCAGAACAAGCUCAGACCUCAUGACACUGACCUGGAGGCCACAUCCUUCUUUACAAAGAAGAUCAAAGAGAGCAUGGACUGUGUUGCAGUCAAGUUUAACUUCCUGACACACAACAUGGCUCAAGGGAAGAAACAGGAACCGCUAACCAGGGACGGCAUCCCCACUCCGAGCUCCAACAUUCAAGAAGCUGUCAUCCAGGGAUACAGCGUCAAGGGAAAGGAUGUGCUCUAUGACCUGAGAGUAACCAUUGAUGACGGUUUUCUGAACAGUGAGAAGACAUUCGGGCAGUUUGAGCUAAUCCAUAAGCAGCUGCAGAAGUACUUCAUUGAAUCCAUGCUGCCUCAGUUUCCUAGCUGGUAUAAGAUGUCAUUCACCCCAGCCAGGAAGAUGUCUCUGCUUAAUAAAUACUUAAAACAGCUUUUUGAGGGACCGUGCAAGGGAAAUGAAUUCGUUUGCAGCUUGUUCCUGGAUGGCCCCAGCAUAGUUCAAGAAAGUGUGUCAAAAGCAGCCCGUCCUCAGAUCCAGCUGUACAUCUCUUACACUAACUGUAAGCUCUCAGUCUUGGUAAAACACCUGAAGAACGUUAAGCUGGCCAACGGCUCUAACCCUGACGCCUAUGUGGUCACAUAUCUGAGACCAGACCCUCAGCAGCGCUCCAAGAGGAAGACAAAGGUGGUCCGCAAUAAUGACAACCCGACCUUCAAUGAACUGCUGGAGUACAGUUAUGUCCCAUUGUUGUAUGGGAUGGUGCUGGAAGUGACAGUGAAGAGCAAGAAGGCUUUUGUGGCUGCAACAAACAUCAAACUGGAAGAGAAGUUGCUUGACCAGGAAAAAUGGUUUCCUCUUGGGAACUGUGCAAUCUGACCUUAGAGACUACACUAUAUGCCUGCUGCCAGCAGGGGGUGCAACCACACUGAGGGAUUUUUCAGACAGUUUAAUGGAGACAGAUUCACCUAAGAGGAGGAACGAUGCACUGUCAUUUUACCUAUUUAUCAGUUGCAGCUUAACAUCACUCAAGAGCAAAAUGCACUGGCAAUGGAUGGGGUGCUUGGAUAAUGUUACAAAGCUGAGUUAAAAGACUCAGGGAAAGACACUGUUUAUUGUGUGAGGCAUUAUUUACCUUAUCCAUUUUUGUUUAAAUGUUAAUCAAAUGAAGGUCAUUUGCUAAAUAAGUUUGAUUUUUAGAUGUGACCUUGGUCAUGGAUGAAGGAAAGAAAUUACUUUUAUUAUCAUAUUGCA